CACAGCCAAGGGUGGGAAUGGCGGGUUCAGUAUCACAGGGAGGAUGACUGGUGGCAGUGGUGGCAAUGGCGGGAGCAGCAAUGAGAUCUUCUCUGGACUCGGCGGCAACGGCGCGACCGGUGGCAUGGCUGUAUCUGGCAGCUCUGGGUCAGCGAAUGGCGGGUCUGUGUACACGAAUGGCAGCGAUGUGUUCGUGGGGAGUGCACGGGGAGGCAAUGGUGGAGUGAGCAAGAGUGGGAGCGCGACCGGUGGCAAGGGCAGCAAGGGCGGUGCCUAAGCUGACUCUCUUUCUCUUUCGGCAGGUUUUAUAGCGGGUCUGCUUUGUUUGUAGCUCAUUGGGAUACUGGCGACCUCUCUUACAUGGACGGGAAACUUUGGAUUAGAAUGUCGUAGUAGUAUGGGCUUAGUUCAGUCGAGCACCCACUGUACAUGCGGC